CGGAACAAAAAUGGCAUCUGCAAAUCAAAUGGAGAAGAUGAAGUUACGUCAGAAUUAUCGGAAUCACUGGCACACUGAUCUUAUCAGAGCCACUGAGACUGAUCCUCUUUAUUGUUGCUUCUCGCUUUGGUGGUGAGUGUUUCUAUUAUGUACUAUGAUUAUGAUUGAUGAUGUUUGAAUUUAUUGCUGAAUACGUAAUUUAUUUGUUAUUAGGAUUGCUUUGUAAAAUAAGAAAAAUGCCAUCAAAUUAGGGUUUUAUGAGCGAAUGUGGUAAUGUAAUAUGAAAAUUGAAGCAUGUUCAGUAUCCUAAUUUGCUGUGGAUUUUAAUGUCACUUCUGCUUUGAGGCCGAUUGAAAUUUUUGACUCAACGUUGGACGUCUAUGUCCCACUAGCAAUGGUUGGAACUAAUAUAAAGUGUCGUUAGAAAUUUCGAGCAUCUUUAUAUCUCAAGCAAAAGGUGUCUUCAAUCAGUAUAUAAGUCUAGUGUUUUUGCUCUAUUGUUCUAUAAGCUAAGUAACUUUUGGAUUUAAGCUGCAGCUGCAAGCUAUUCCUAGUAAUGGUUGGUGGUAGUCUUAUCGAAAUGCCUAUUGUCAGCUUGAAAGUGGAUAAAAAUCUGUCUAGAAAACAGGAAGGUCACUUAGGUCCAAGCAUCCUUUUCAAAUUACUUAACACCUUCCUGCAAAAUUAUAAGUUGCUUAUCGUUCAAUGAUUUAGUUGGUCGCUUAGCAGCAGAUCUGGUGAAAUUACUCUUCCAUAUCCCCUGUUAUCACUAAUCACAGGGAGAUAUACUGCUCAGAAACUUGGACUGUCCACAAAAAUUUCCUUUCUUCUUGUCUGUUUUGUUGGAAAAUCGAGGGAGGAGAAGACACUUUCAGUCGUUCAAAUUCCUUCCAUCUUUCCUAAUUCAUGAAUAAAUACAUGUAUUGUACUAAUACAUGCACAAGGUUUACUUUUCAACAUAUUUCCCCCCACAAAGCGGUACUAUGAAUGUUCGUCUUAUUGAUUGUGAUAUUAUUCAAAAUUGAUUAUUUCUUUACCUUUGAAUGUUAAAGCGCUCCAUGUGCAUCAUAUCUUCUCCGAAAACGAGCUCUGUACAAUGAUAUGUCUAGAUAUAAAUGUUGUGGAGGCUACAUGCCUUGUAGCGGCAGAUGUGGAGAAAGUCGUUGCCCUGAAUUUUGUCUUGGCACAGAGGUUUUUCUUUGCUUUGGAAAUUCUGUUGCUUCAACACGCUUUAUGUUGCAAGAUGAAUUCAAUCUGCAGACAACAAAAUGGAUUCAUGUUUUGCCUACAGCAGUUAGCAUGCAUAUGUAGCAUUAUUGCUUGUCUUGCUGGAAGUGAAGAACUUCAAGAUGCUUCUCAGCUUCUCAACUGUUUGUCUGACUUUGUUUACUUCACGGUUUGUAGCUGUAUGCAGACACAGCACAAGGUUGAAAUGGAUAAAAGAGAUGGAAAAUUUGGACCACGCCCAAUGUCAGUGCCACCUGUGCAACAAAUGUCUCGGUUAGAUCAGCCCGUUCCCCCUGUAGUUGGAUAUCCACCAAUACAGCAACCUCAAGGAUAUCCCCCACAACCCCAUGGUAAUCCACCACCACCACAACAUCCUCAGGGUUAUCCUCCAUCUCAGCAAAACCCUCAGGAGUACCAACCACCUCAGCAACAACCUCAGGAUUAUCCACCACCUCAGCAGCAGCCUCAGGGUUAUCCACCACAACAGCAGCCUCAAGGUUAUCCACCACCACAGCAGACGCCUCAGGGUUACCCACCACCACAGCAGCAGCCUCAGGGUUACCCACCACCACAGCAGCAGCCUCAGGGUUACCCAUCACCACAGCAGCCACCUCAGGGUUACCCACCAGCCAAUUAUCCCCCUCCUGGUGCUGGAGAACCCAAAUCUAAUCAUGUUCAAUGAGUUGAAACUUUCUUUUUUUUGGCAGGAAAAUCCAUUGAUCUCUACUUGAAUUUAGUACAAUACUUUUAGAUUAUUCUUCAUUUCUUAGCUUGUAGAUUAUGGUAAUUCAGAUAAUAAUUGACUUGUGUAAGAGGAUGACUUAUUCUAUGCGGAGUGAUCAUUCAAUAUUAAGAUUUUUCAUGCA